UCCCCCUCAUCUGUCACCUGUAAAAGAUUGUAAAUCAAACUUUAUCGACACGACAGACAAAGACGGACAGGAAGAAAUCUACCCUCAAAACUGAGCAGAAGAAGAGCUGGAUGUGAGGUAGAAGAAGAAGAAGACCAUGAUUCAGUCAAAUCAGUCGUCACACUCAGUGUUCUGCUGCUGCUGCGCCGUACAGAGCAGAGAGUUCAGCACUCGCAUGGAGCUGGAGGACAGAUCGUCGUCUCUGUGUUUCAAGAGCAGACGAUACCCAGGACGCGCCUGCAGGGUGGACAGGUCCAGGAAGAAGCUCCCUCUCCCUCCUCCCGAUGAAGACGGUGAUGAAGAUCAGUCUCUGAUCAGCGUCCUCGCCAUGUACGACUUCAGCGCCAAGGAGGAGAGCGACCUCACACUGAAACAGGGCGAGGAGUACGUGAUUCUGCACAAACAGGACCAGCUGUGGUGGAGAGCGCAGGACAGACACGGGAAUAAAGGCUUCAUCCCCAGUAACUACGUGACGGAGAGGAACAGGAUCGAGGCCAACUCCUGGUACUGUAAGAACAUCACGAGAACAGAAGCUGAGCAGCUGCUGAGACAAGAGGACAAAGAGGGAGGGUUCGUGGUGCGGGAGUCGAGUCAGAAAGGAGUUUACACCGUGUCCGUCUACACCAAAACAUUAAGUAAUGUGAACGGGGACAUCAGACAUUACCAGAUCAAGUUGACGGACAGCGGUCAGUUUUAUCUGGCGGAGAAACACAUCUUCAACUCCAUCCCUGAAGUCAUCCAUUACCACGAACACAACGCAGCAGGGCUAGUCACCAGACUGAGGUACUCUGUGGGUCCGACGGGACGCUGCGUACCGGCUACUGCUGGAUUCAGCUCAGAGAAAUGGGAGAUUGACCCCAGCGAGCUGACCUUCAUGAAGGAGGUGGGCUCUGGGCAGUUUGGGCUGGUGAGGCUGGGGAAGUGGAGGAAUGAACAGCGAGUGGCCAUCAAGGCCAUCAGAGAGGGAGCCAUGUUGGAGGAGGACUUCAUCGAGGAGGCCAAGGUCAUGAUGAGGCUGUGCCACCCUAAGCUGGUGCAGCUGUACGGCGUCUCUCUGCUGCAGCGCCCCCUGCUGAUCGUCUCUGAGUUCAUGAUGAACGGCUGUCUGCUGAACUUCCUGCGACAGCAGGGGGGCGGCCUGAGGGGGGGGUGGCUGCUGUCCAUGAGCCAGGACGUCUGCGAGGGCAUGGAGUACCUGGAGAACCAGAGCUUUCUCCACAGGGACCUGGCAGCGAGGAACUGUCUGGUGAACGAGCAGAACGUGGUGAAGGUCUGCGACUUCGGGAUGACCAGGUACGUGUUGGAUAAUCAGUACACCAGCUCCAGUGGGGCGAAGUUUCCAGUGAAGUGGUCUCCUCCUGAAGUCCUGCACUACAGCAAGUACAGCAGCAAGGCCGACGUCUGGUCCUUCGGUGUGGUGAUGUGGGAGAUCUACUCUGAGGGGGCGAUUCCCUUUGAGUGCCGCUCUAACGUGGAGGUUGUCAUGGAGAUCACGAGAGGAGGAAGACUGUACCGACCUCACAGAGCAACACAAGCAGUUUACAGCAUCAUGUACCGCUGCUGGCACGAGAAGCCUCAGGGUCGCCCGUCCUUCUCCGAGCUCCUGCAGGACAUCAGGAAACUGGCAGAAAAUACGGAAUAAUCCACACUUUAAUUGUAUAUAUCGCUGAUUAUUAUCAAACUGUACUUCUGAAUGUACACAGAUUCUUUUUUUGUUUAUUGUAAUUAAAUAUUUUUACAUUAAAACCUGUUUCUGAUAAAGACAGCAGGGGGCGGUAGAGAGCUUUGGGUUGGAUAUAAAGUCGUUUAUUAGGCAGAAUAUGACAUGUUCAUGACUGUAAAGGGCGGUUUGUAAUUGUAAAAUAAACAUAAAUAGGUC